UCCACGCGGGCUGUGGGAGCUCCUUGCUCUCGGGUUUGCAGAGGGCUCUGCCAAAGGGAUAUGUUUAGCCAGUUGUCCCACUACAUAGUGGAAGGGAGGAAAGAAGCAACAGGAUUUGAUAAAAUGCAAGGGGAGUCGAGCCCUAGUGCUUCCCUUAUUGACAGGACCAUCAAGAUGAGAAAAGAAACUGAAGCUAGGAAAGUGGUUUUAGCCUGGGGACUCUUGAAUGUAUCCAUGGCUGGAAUGAUAUAUACUGAAAUGACUGGAAAACUGAUUAGUUCAUAUUACAAUGUGACAUACUGGCCCCUCUGGUACAUUGAGCUUGCCCUUGCAUCUCUCUUCAGCCUAAAUGCCCUUUUUGAUUUUUGGAGAUAUUUCAAAUAUACUGUGGCACCAACAAGUCUGGUUGUUAGCCCUGGACAGCAAUCGCUUUUAGGGUUGAAAACAACUGUUGUACAAACUACUCCUCCACGUGAUCUAUCAGCAACCCAAAUCCCUCCUGUACCUUCUCCUUCAAUUCAGGGUCAGAGUGUAUUGAGUUAUAGCCCAUCUCGUUCACCCAGUACCAGCCCCAAGUUCACCACCAAUUGUAUAACUGGAUACAGCCCUCAACUUCAAGGCUUGUCAUCAAGUGGCAGUGGUUCGUAUAGCCCUGGAGUGACCUAUUCACCCGUCAGUGGUUAUAAUAAGUUGGCAAGCUAUAGCUCCUCUCCUUCUUCUCCAUACCCUACCACUGUGGGACCAAUGGAAAGCACCGGAUUGAGAGCCCGAUACCGCUCUUCACCCACUGUCUACAACUCCCCUACGGGCAAAGAAGACUAUAUGACAGACCUACGGACUUUGGACACUUUUCUUAGAAGUGAAGAAGAGAAGCAGCAUAGAGUUAAGCUUGGGAGCCCAGAUUCUGCCUCACCAUCCAGCAGUCCUACUUUCUGGAACUACAGUCGUUCUGUGGGAGAUUAUGCACAAACCCUAAAGAAGUUUCAGUAUCAGCUUGCCUGUAGAUCUCAGGCCCCCUGUGCUAACAAAGAUGAAGCAGAUCUCAGCUCUAAACAAGCUGCAGAAGAGGUUUGGGCAAGAGUGACUAUGAAUAGACAACUUCUUGAUCAUAUGGACUCAUGGACAGCUAAAUUCAGAAAUUGGAUCAGUGAGACAAUAUUAGUGCCACUUGUGCAAGAGAUCGAGUCUGUCAGCACACAGAUGAGGCGCAUGGGCUGUCCGGAGCUGCAGAUAGGAGAAGCCAGUAUAACUAGCUUGAAACAAGCUGCCCUGGUCAAAGCUCCUCUCAUUCCAACUCUGAACACAAUCGUGCAGUAUUUAGACCUCACACCCAAUCAAGAGUACUUGUUUGAAAGAAUUAAAGAACUUUCUCAAGGGGGUUGUAUGAGUUCCUUUAGAUGGAAUAGAGGUGGAGAUUUCAAGGGGCGCAAGUGGGAUACUGACCUGCCUACUGAUUCUGCUAUCAUCAUGCAUGUGUUUUGCACCUACCUCGAUUCCAGAUUACCUCCACACCCCAAGUACCCUGAUGGAAAAACAUUUACCUCUCAACACUUUGUUCAGACACCAAAUAAACCAGAUGUGACAAAUGAGAAUGUUUUUUGCAUUUAUCAAAGUGCUAUCAACCCUCCCCAUUAUGAGCUAAUCUACCAGCGACAUGUCUACAAUCUUCCAAAGGGCCGAAAUAAUAUGUUCCAUACAUUAUUAAUGUUCCUCUACAUCAUAAAGACUAAGGAGUCAGGAAUGCUUGGGCGAGUUAAUCUUGGUCUGUCUGGUGUGAAUAUUUUGUGGAUUUUUGGCGAGUAAGGAGUCAACUAGUUCCAAACAUUUAUACUUUUAUGUGACUGAACCAGAAGUUGAACCCAAGCAUCUGAGUCACUACCUCUUCUGAAAUAAGAUAUAUGUGUGACAAAAAACUCAUUGGAUUUAACCAAAAAAAUAGCUUUGUGAAACAUCUUUGCAAAAGUAUGUUCUGUGUCUUCUAUGCCUCUAAGACAUUUCGUUUUGAUUUUAUAUCACAUUUCAGUUUUCAUUUGUCUAUAAAACUGUAGGUUUUCAAAUUUUUGUUGAUCCAAAGCUGUACAAUGCCUCCUUAGGAAAUAAAAUGUAUAGUCCAUUUACUUUGUGAUCCCAGAUGAGAAUCAUCUACCUGAUUACACACACACACAUAUAUACACACACACACACUUUUUUCAUCUAUUUCCCCAGAGUUCUACAAAUCAAACCCAAAACCCAUAUUUAAAGAAAUGAGAUAAACUUCUAAAUAAUACAUUAGACCCUGUGUAUUUUAAAAGACUGUCAAAAGAAAUUUGACAGAAUCAGCAUUUUGAAAAGUCAACUCUUGGAUUAGAUUUAGCUGCUAUAAUUAAACUAAUUGGGUCUUGGUUAAGAGGCUUUAGUAUUAACAACUUUAUUAUACAAUAUUGUAUUUUAAGCGUUCUCUUCUUUGAGAACACAUGGUGUCUGUUUAAACUUGUUGAAUAUGUUCAAAUAUCUGGAGAAUGAGAAAUUACCAAGUUCCAAGUUAUGGUCUGUUCUUCAACUUUAUUUUCUUAUAUGUGGCAUCUCUUUAUUGCCCGGUCAUGUGUGUUUUCAGAAUUGACACACUAGAAACUGCUUCGUUUACCUUAUGUAAACCUAUCACCUGUGUAAACCAACUAAAACCAAUAUUUUUCCACAAGUUGUUUUGUUUUUUAAAGUUAGACAGCCAAAGUAAAGGAAGUUCUUAUCUUUUAAUUUUGUUGUUGUUAUAUGUUAAAUACAUGUGCUGUGAUGUUUUGGAAGGAAAUGCCGAUUAAACGUAUUAAAUUUUAAAACACUAACA